CGGCCCAGCUGCGGCGCGUGACGCCAGGCGCGCGGCUCUGGCGGCCACCGCGAGCAGGCGCAAGCGGCAGGGACUCCAGGCGACCGGAGGCAUGGCGGCGGCGGGGUUGGCGGGGUCGGCGGGACCCGAGCCCAUGCCGAGUUACACGCAGCUGGUGCAGCGCGGCUGGGGCAGCGCGCUGGCGGCGGCGCGGGGCUGCGCGGACUGCGGCUGGGGGCUGGCGCGCCGCGGCCUGGCGGAACACGCGCACCUGGCGCCGCCCGAGCUGCUGCUGCUGGCGCUCGGCGCGCUCGGCUGGACUGCGCUGCGCUCGGCGGCCACCGCGCGCCUUUUUCGGCCCCUGGCCAAGCGGUACCGCCUCCAGCCUAGAGAUGCUGCCAAGAUGCCUGAGAGUGCCUGGAAGUUUUUCUUCUACCUGAGCUCCUGGAGCUACAGCACCUACCUGCUCUUUGGCACCAACUACCCCUUCUUUCAUGACCCGCCAUCUGUCUUCUACGACUGGACGCCAGGCAUGGCAGUGCCACGGGACAUCGCAGCCGCCUACCUGCUGCACGGAAGCUUCUAUGGCCAUUCCAUCUAUGCCACGCUGUACAUGGAUGCCUGGCGCAAGGACUCGGUGGUCAUGCUUGUCCACCAUGUGGUCACCCUGGUCCUCAUCGUCUUGUCCUACGCCUUCCGGUACCACAACGUGGGCAUCCUCGUGCUCUUCCUGCAUGACAUCUGUGACGUGCAGUUGGAGUUCACCAAGCUCAAUGUCUACUUCAAGUCCUGCAGUGGCGCCCACCACCGGCUGCACGCCCUGGCUGCAGACCUGGGCUGCCUCAGCUUCAGCCUCAGCUGGUUCUGGUUCCGCCUCUACUGGUUCCCGCUCAAGGUCUUGUAUGCCACGUGCCACUGCAGCCUGCGCUCUGUGCCCGAUAUCCCCUUCUACUUCUUCUUCAACGCCCUCCUUCUGUUGCUCACCCUCAUGAACCUCUACUGGUUCCUGUACAUCAUGGCGUUUGCCGUCAAGGUGCUGACCGGCCAGGUGCGGGAGCUGAAAGAUGUGCGGGAAUUCGACGUGGCAGAGGUCCCGAGCCGCAAGCCCAGCAAAGCUGAGAAGCUGCUGAGGAACGGCCUGGUGAAGGAUAAGCGCUUCUGAAGCCCCCCACCCAGUUGCGUCCCCAAAGGACCCAGCCCCACCCCCGGGGCCCGGCCACGCCCCACCCCUGGCCACC